AUGGGAGAUCCGAUCACAUGCUGGACUCCAGCUCAGUUUACGAAACAAUGGUCUGAUUUUGUAAACCAAUACUGCUAUGUGCAUGGGACAUAUUUUGUUCCGCUGAAUGAAACACUGCCCUUCAGCGAAUCUGAACGAAGACGAAUUCCCAUCAACUACUACCAGUGGGUCCCAUACAUACUUGCUGUGCAAGCCUUUCUCUUCUAUCUACCACGAUUCGUAUGGAAAUCACUUAUUGCCUUAUGCGGAUACGACCUCGCAGGCGCAAUACAGUUUGUCGAUGGUUUUUGGACUGCACUGAAAACUAAUGAUGCUACCUUCAAGGCUAGAAUCGCAGCCUUCGAAGGCCGAGCCUCCGCUUAUAUUUGGGAUGGACUGCGCCUCGCUCGCCGUAAGGGAAGUAGAGACAUGGCGCUCUACUAUGCAGUAUCCACCGUAAUUCAAUCCGUAAACGCAUGGAUUCAGUGGUACGCACUGAAUUCGCUGCUCGACUCUCCACUUUAUACUCUAUGGGGACCAGCAUUGGUUGGCGAUCUUAUGAGAGGAGACGAUUGGCAGGUUACCGGUCACUUUCCUCGCAUCACUCACUGCGAUUUCAACAGAAGACGACCAGCAAGCGUACAGGUAAAUUUUUAA